CUCCAUAUCUGAUUAUCUUCCUGCACAUUCCAGACAUGGAAUCCGAUUCCGGAAGCAUCAAAAGCAGCGGCGGAACUUGGGGCGUGGUUGUCACGCUCUCCCUCGUUGUUCUCUGGUACGCGCGGCUCUACCUCUACAGGAGACCAAAUUCAAACUCGCGUCUCCCGACAGGUCCCCGCGGGCUCCCAUUGGUCGGGAACCUUCUCUCCUUACACCCGGACCUCCACUCCUACUUCGCGGGCCUGGCCCACACCUACGGCCCAAUCUACAAGCUCCGCCUCGGCACCAAGCUCGCCGUCGUCAUCACCUCCCCCUCCCUCGCCCGCGAGGUUCUCAGGGACCAUGACGUCAUAUUCGCUAACCGCGACAUCCCCGCCGCGGGACGGGCGGCCACGUACGGCGGAGCCGACAUUGCGUGGAGACCUUACGGCGCGGAGUGGCGGAUGCUGCGGAGGGUCUGCGUCGUCAAUAUGCUCAGCAAGGCCACGCUGGACUCGGUCCAGGACCUCCGCCGCAAGCAGGUGAGAAAAAUGGUCGGGUUCUUCUACGGUCGGGUCGGGUCGCGGGUGAACGUCGGCGAGCAGAUAUUUCUGAACACGAUGCACGUGGUGACCGACAUGCUGUGGGGAGGGACGGUGCAGGAGGAGGCAGCCGGGGAGGGGAGGGAGUUCCGGGAAGUGAUUUCGGAGCUGACGGGGCUGCUGGGAAAGCCCAACGUUUCGGACUUUUAUCCGGGUUUGGCCCGGUUUGACUUACAAGGCGUGGUCAAGCAGAUGGACGGCAUAGUGAAGAGGUUUGACGAAAUAUUCGAGAGAGUGAUAGAUCAACGGCUGAGGAUGAUGAAGGAAGGCAUUAAGGAGAAGGAGGGGAGUACAGAUUUUUUGUCCUUUUUACUGAGGUUAAAAGACGAGGGAGAUUCCAAGACGCCCCUUACCAUAAUACACAUCAAAGCCUUGUUUAUGGAUAUGAUUACGGCUGGGACGGAUACAUCCUCAAAUACAAUCGAAUUUGCAAUAUCAGAAGUCAUGAACAAACCAGAAGUGUUGGAAAAAAUCAAUCAAGAAUUAGAAGCUGUUGUUGGCAAAGAAAACAUUGUAGAAGAGUCUCACAUUCACAAACUACCUUACUUAUAUGCUGUGAUGAAAGAAACACUGCGCUUGCACCCAGUUGUGCCUCUAUUAAUCCCACAUUGCCCAAGUGAGACAUGCACCGUGGGAGGUUAUACUAUUCCGAAGGGGUCUCAGAUUUUUGUUAAUGUAUGGGCUAUACAUAGGGACUCUUCCAGUUGGGAAAACCCAUUGGAGUUUGAUCCAACUAGAUUCUUGGACAGUGAAUGGGAUUAUACUGGGAAUGACUUCAGGUAUUUUCCUUUUGGGUCUGGGAGAAGAAUAUGUGCAGGGAUAGCAAUGGCUGAAAGGAUGGUGAUGCAUGCGCUUGCUACACUGCUGCAUUCUUUUGAUUGGAAAAUGCCACAGGGAGAGGAAUUGGAUCUUUCUGAGAAGUUUGGUAUAGUAUUGAAAAAGAAGAUGCCUUUGGUUGCCAUUCCAACUCCAAGGUUAUCAGAUCCAGCCCUCUAUAUAUAA